AAGUGUGAGGGUUGAGUUUCGGCUGAGUUUGCGUGAAUGCUAAUAGGGAUGAUGGGAUGGUGAGGGUGUAAGUGAUGUGCCGGCUGUUACACUGAACUUUGGCUGUAAAGUUCACUUCUUGUUACAUUAUCAUGGGAGCCUGAAGAAGGAUGGAGCAGAGGGACACAUUGUUACACCUGUUCGCCGGAGGGUGUGGAGGCACAGUUGGUGCCAUUGUUACCUGCCCACUUGAGGUGAUUAAGACAAGGCUGCAGUCUUCAGGUGUGUCAUUUCGUGCCUUCUAUGUGCCUCAAGUGCAUCUUGGCACUAUCAAUGGUGGAAGUGUGGUCAGGCCAACAGCAGUGUCUCCAGGGCUCCUCCAGGUUUUAAAGUCCAUCUUGGAAAAGGAAGGUCCAAGGUCGCUGUUUAGAGGACUGGGUCCAAACCUGGUUGGAGUUGCUCCAUCAAGUGCAAGAGGUACAAAACAAAUGAAUGCGAUCCAGUGUGCUAAACAUGUAUACAAGACAGAAGGCAUCCGAGGAUUUUAUAGAGGUCUAACAGCCUCGUAUGCUGGAAUUUCUGAAACUAUGAUCUGCUUUGUUAUUUAUGAGACUCUGAAGAAGCACCUAGCUGGUCUGAGGUUGUCUUCAUCUUCUGGUCCUGUGCACGAAAAAGCUACUACUGACUUUAUAGCACUGAUGUUCGCUGCUGCAAUUUCAAAGGGCUGUGCUUCCUGUAUUGCAUAUCCACAUGAGGUUAUAAGGACAAGACUAAGAGAAGAAGGAAGCAAGUACAGAUAUUUUUUCCAAACAGCACGUUUAGUGGCUAAAGAAGAAGGUUAUCUUGCUUUCUACAGAGGGCUGCUACCUCAACUUAUCCGUCAGAUUCCAAAUACAGCAAUUGUGUUGUCUACAUAUGAGGUCAUUGUUUAUCUGCUUGGUAGUCGUUCCAAAUAAAGGACUGUGGAACGGACAAGUUAUAAUUUCUCAGUUUUUUUUCACAGGACAGGAGGGAAUAUUAUUUAUAGUCACUGCUGUGCAGUUCACUUUUGACCAACCACAUAACUUAAACUAGCAGCACUGAAUCAUCUGAUCACCUUUGUACAGUAAUUUGCAAAUUUUUGUUAACUUUUAACUGUUUCUGUUAAUAGUCUGUGUGUGAUUUAUUUCUAUUUUUUUUAAAACAUAUGUAUGAAGAGGUUUUAUUGCACGUGUAAAUAAAAACCUGGUUAAAGAUCA